AUGUCACAAAAACGUCAAAGUGAAAUAUUUACUUCUUUCUUUAAGAAAAAAAAAGUUGAUGACAAUAGUACACUUACAAAUGAAAAUAUUUUGAAUGAAACUGCUUCACAACAAGAACCAGCUGUUUACACUAAUUUGUCGGAAAUAAAUGAUACUAAAGAAUAUGAUAUAGGAUUUGCAGUUGAAGAGGAUUCUAAUGUUAAAAUACGAAAAGAGAUAAGUCAACUUUAUAAUUAUUUAUGUAAAACGUGGACUCCAAAUAAAAAGUAUGUUUUUCCAGUAACAAAAGAUAAAAAUGGUAAUAAAAAAGUAAUCGCUGAACAUUUACCGACAUCAAAAUCUGUUAUUUUAAUAAAACUAUGCGAAACGCGAUGGGUUGAAUCUCAUGAAGCGAUUCUUAGAUUUUCGGAUAUGCUUUUGCCUAUUGUAAUAUUUUUGGAAGAUAUAAUAGGUAAUGCAGAUGGAAAUAUACUUGCAAAAUGCAACGGACUUCUUCAAUCAGUAUUAAAUUUUGAAUUUAUUUUGUCUUUGGAAGUAGCGGUCGAAAUACUAUCAAUAACUUUGCCAAUAUCACGUCAGCUACAAAAUCCAGAUUUAGAUUUAACAAAGUGUAUUGAAAUCAUAGACCUUAUGAGAGAAGAUACAAAAUUCACUGCUAUUUUUAAUCGAGCUGUGUCUAAAGCAGGUGUGUUAAAUAUUGAUGUUAAAAUUCCACGGAUAUGUAAAAGACAAGCUCACCGAUCAAAUUUCACUACUUCAAGUACUGAAGAAUAUUUUAAAGUUACAGUUUAUUUCACAGUUUUAGAUAAUUUUAUAACGUCUAUUCAAACUAUGUUUUUGGACAAUCAAAAUAAUAUAGUGUUUAAAAUACAACAACUUAUACCAAAUUACUUAAAUGCUCAUUCUGAAGAGGAAAUUUUAAAAGGUGCAUCUUUCUAUGAAUCAGAUUUACCAGGAACACUUAACGAAUUAAAAGAAAAAAAAUCAAAAAUCAUCACGGCUAUGGAAGCAUUUAAAGAGACUGAAGGUGGAUAUUUCCCAAACAUACGACAACUAUUACUUAUUCUUGCUGUAUUACCUGUAACAACAUCAACAAGUGAGAGAUCUUUUUCUACCUUAAAAAGAAUCAAAUCGUAUUUGAGAACUACAAUGGAAGAAAAUCGUUUGAAUGGGUUAUCAUUAUUAAAUAUUCAUUAUCAAAUUGAUAUAAAACCAGAAGAAGUAAUAGAUUUGUUUGCCAAACAACAUUCGAGACGUUUACAAUUUUGUCUAUAA